AUGCUGAGUUGGCUUCCUGGAGACUGCAACCACAAGCCAGAAAACAAGAGCGAGAGAGUCUUGUGUGGGAGCCACACACCAGACAGAGAACCGAAAGAGCCUGGUUUUGGCCCUCCCUUCCCAGCCUAUAAUGCGAUCAUGCUGCAGCCUGUGCCAGUGACAGUGAUGGACGUGCUGUGGGUAUCUCUGGUGGCUCUUUUCCUGAUGGCGCCCAGACAAGUCCAGGCAAAUACAACGUCCCCUGCCAUCCCCUGGAACAUCACACAUGGUGGACAUGGGAACACGUCUGCAGAGCCAGGCCUCUCAGGAGAGGGAUCCGUCCGUUUGGUGAAUGGCAGCAGCCGCUGCAGUGGUGCCGUGGAGGUCCAUCAUCAUGGGCGGUGGAUGCCAGUCUGCCAGAAAAUGUGGGACAAGGAGGCCUCCCACGUGGUCUGCAGACAGCUGCACUGUGGGGAGGCAAAGGAGACAGCUGCUAGACCCAUCCCCAGCCCUGUGUGCCCGCCCAGGUCAACACCCACAAAGAAAGCCAACCUGUCCUCUCAGAGCCUCUGCCCUUCCCUGCACAUCUACUGCGUGGGUCUGGAGAGCACAUGGAAGCAGUGCAAUGUGUCAGAGCUGUGCUGUAGUGAGAAGCUGGCCAGCGUCACCUGUACAGGUUCCCAUUCUGUGCGCCUGGUUGGCGGGGGCAGUUGCUGUGAGGGCCGCGUGGAGGUUGAGGCGGACGGUGUCUGGGGCACAGUGUGCGACGACGCCUGGGACCUGGAUGACGCUGGGGUGGUAUGUCAGCAGCUGAGGUGCGGCUGGGCCGUCCAGGCUCCAGUGGCCUCCUUCUUCCGUAAAGGGACAGGCCCCAUCCACCUGGAUGAGGUGAGCUGUGCUGGGAACGAAUCCUACUUGUGGGACUGUCCAGCUGAGAGGAGCCAUGACUGCGGCCAUAAGGAAGAUGCCGGUGUGGUGUGCUCAGAGCACCAGGAGUGGCGCCUGUUGGGGGGCAGGGACGCCUGCGCUGGCCGCGUAGAAGCUUAUUACCGGGGCGUGUGGAACAUGGUGUGCGACGGGACCUGGUACAAGGAGGAGAUGGACGUGCUGUGCCAGUGGCUGGGUUGUGGCCCCGCUGUCCAGAAGCUGAGCUUCAACCACACGCAGGAGGGCAGGAUGAACUACCUGUGCUCAGGGACUGAGGCCUCGCUGUCCUGGUGCCAAUGGCACCACAACAACUUGAACCUGUGCCACCAGUCCCAGGCUGCCGGCCUGAUCUGCAAUGGCUCGCUGGGCUUGCUGAACACAUCUGCCGUGCCCCCCCUGGAGAUGAUGACUCCAGACACCGGGAGAAGCACAGCUGAGCCACUAUGCUGGGAAGCCAAGGCCCUCUCGAACUGGACUCUCCUCCUCCUCUGUGUCAUCCUGAGCCUUCUCUUCUUGGUCACCGUGCUGGCCUUCACUGCCGCCCUUCUGAGGAUGAGGAGAAAACACGCCCACACCGUAUCCUCUUCCUCAUUAGCUGCCCCGGUCCUGGUGAAUCAUAGCGCACAGGGCACGGAGAUGCCUGCAGGGGGUGCCAAUGACUACAGGAAAGUGACCCCCAAAGCAGAAGCAGAGCCGCUGGCUGUGCCCGCUCCUGGCUCCGAGGACUCCGAUUCCGACUAUGAACACUAUGAUUUCAGCAGCAAGCCGCCCGUGGCGCUCUCCACCUUCUACAAUUCGCUUCGGCACCGAGCAGCGGACGAGACCCUCCCUGUGAGCGGCUUCCCCCCGGCACCUGGCCAGGAGGUGCUGAAUGAGGGCCCGGAGCCCUGGGGCCAGCCAGAGCAAAGACCCUGCGAGGAGCUCCCCGCUGAGUCCAGCUCAUCCUCUGAGGACAACUACUACAAUAACGGCACCACCAGGCAGCAACAGUGGGGCAACCCAGCCCCUCCUCCCACCGGCAGCCUCUUAAUGCCAGUGCCUCCUGCUCAGGGCAACAGUGGCUCCCAGCUCUCCUUCCAAGCAGGGCCUUCCGGAGCCGACAGCUCCAGCACCUCAUCCGGAGAAUGGUAUGAAAACUUCCACAGCACAGCACACCAGGGAGCCCAGCCAGGGAACACAUCUGGCUGGCCAGCUGUCUCCCAGCCAUUGGGGAGCUGUGAGCCUGGGAGCGACAACUCAGAGGGCAGCGAUUACGAUGAUGUCCAAGGCCUGGCGUACUAGAGCAGGGAUGUCACUGCAAGUCUGUGCCUCCAGACCUCCCUCCUGCCUUCAACACAGAGGACAGCAAAUCAGUGGGUGAUAAUUGAACCUCACAUCCCUGCACUGAGUGUGUUUGAUUAGCACAAGUUCAGCCAUGGGGGGAAGGUUUCUGUGCAGGUCCCAGAACCAGCCCUGAAUGGACCAGCAUUUUCCAGUGCAGCCCCCAUGGGUUCGGAAGGAGCUGCACUCCUCUACCCACUGGCAGCUCUGACCCUGAGAAAUCCACGGAGACCUUCCCAAGAACAUCCUCUUCCCAGCCCACGUUCUCUGCUGACGCCCAGCUAGCCCUGACCACUCAGGCCCAUAAGUGAACCCCUGGUGUCUGGGGGGUGUCCGGGACUCCAUCCUCAAUGCUCAGGACAUAGGCCAAGCUCUCCAGGAUGGCUGCCAGGGCCGUGGGCUCUAUUCCCCGCCGGGAAAGGUGCUUGGACACACGGUGAUGGGCGCAGCACAGAGACCUAGCUGGAGCCCUAGGGGUGAUAAGCUGGAGGUCGGAAGUCCUAGGGGAGCAGCCAGACUGCUUGGCUCCCUUUGGGACAGUGACUUAGGGGGCUGGGUUCAAUCCUCUGUAUGUAGAUUCCCUGCAGCAAUAACCAGUCCCCAGUGAUUAGCCCGUAGACAGGAACUGGGGUGCACAGAUUCAAUGCACAGGGGGUAGCUCCCCCAGGCCUCUGGCUUCAUCCCCACUGGGCAGAAGCAGCUAGGAGGGGAUGUUCCAUACCUGGGUUCCAGCAAUGGCUCUCUCUUGUUGGGGGGGCUGCCUAUGAAAUCCAAGCCCUUGGCUUUGAGGGGAAGGUCAGCCUGUGGUUGAGGCAGUGCCUGACACUCAUAGAAUCAUAGAAUAUAAGGGUUGGAAGGGACCCCAGAAGGUCAUCUAGUCCAACCCCCUGCUCGAAGCAGGACCAAAUCCCAGUUAAAUCAUCCCAGCCAGGGCUUUGUCAAGCCUGACCUUAAAAACCUCUAAGGAAGGAGAUUCUACCACCUCACUCAGGAAGGCUGGUUUGUGUCCCCGGCCUUGCUGCUACCUCGCUGUUGGGAGUGCGGCCAAGUCACCUCCCCCAUCCCCCAGUUUCCCUGUUGGAGAUGGGGAUAAUGCAAGUCUGCAUUAAUGGAACGGUGUUGAGAUCCUGAGACAGAAGGUGCUGUCAAUGGGCAAAAUAUCCUCUGAAGAACUGUGGGUGAUGAAUGAGGCCAUGGAGGAUGGUUCUUCCCUCUCCCCCAAGCGAGGGGCUGCUGGCAGUGCCAGGGGAUUCACAGCUGCUGCCCAUGCUGUACCCGCCUCCAAAGCUGUCACUGGAGAGAAGAGACUGGCUCCAACCUUCUAUGGAGGGCUAAGGCUUUUAGGGAUUUUUUUUCCUUGGAAAGUGUAGAUGAAAAUAGAAAAAAAAAUAUUUCAUCGACAUUUUUCCCUGAGAUCUUCCUGGGUUUUCAUUGAACAGAAUCUUUAUCUUUCCCCCACGAAACCCCAAAACCUUUCAACAGAACCGGCCUCUGCUGGGGGAAAGCCCUUUUUGCACCAAAAGAACUGUGUUGACAGGAGACUUCUGAGCAGCUGUAAGAGUGAGAAUGAGACGCUCUGGGCUGCUUUCACUGGGGAACCCCGAGCACCCGGAACUGUAAAGUUUCCCUGCAGUCACUCACUGAUCCUCCCCACAGCCCUGCCAGGUGGCUGAGGAUUCCGAUCUCCAUUCUACAUGGAGGGGAAAGUGAGGCACGGCUCGAUGAAAUGACUUGAUCAAGGCCACCUACCGAGUCAGUUGCAGCUCCUAGCCCUAUGCUUGUUCAUCCACCCCCCAGGACACUCCUCUGUGGUUUGCUCCGGGGGCAUUUUAUUUAGCUAACAAUUCCCUGCAACAUGGACCUGGGACCCUGAAUUGAAACCUUCCCCUCCAGUCUUGGAGCAGGGGUGGGGGUGGGGGAAGAGGAGAGCUGCAUGGAAGGAUGGCAAUAAUGAAUGUAUCUUCCAGGAUCUGGGAGCACAAGCACUGUGUAAAUAGUGGAGCAGCAUGUGGCUGCCGCAUACGGCUGCUCCCUCACUCUCCCAUGUGGCAGCACCAUUGCAAGGCGUGUUGUGAGAUUA